CCAGUAUGCCAGUGGCUGCUCCACUGAGCUCACUGACAGAGUCCUCUCACACUCAACUGACCGCCGGGCAGCCCGAGAGGCCGGGGAGCGAGGGGCAGAGGGAGCAGGGCAGAAACAGGGGCGCACGCGACAGGAGGAUGCCCGAGAACAAACAGGCCGUGUCCCGGAGCAGCAGCUACCUCACCGGCGCCACCUACAGGCGCAUCAAAAGGGCGCUCAGCUUCAGGAGACGAGUGUUCGGGCAGCGGCUGGAGGAGACGGUGGUGUACGAACGGCGUUACGGGGAGCACAUGGCGCCCCUGGUGGUGGAGCAGUGCGUUGCGUUCAUCCGGGAGCGGGGCCUUCAGGAGCUGGGGCUCUUCAGGCAGCCGGGCCAGGCCACGCUGGUCAAGGAGCUGCAGGAGGCCUUCGACGCCGGGGAGAAGCCCUCCUUCGACAGCAGUACAGACGUACACACAGUGGCCUCUCUGCUGAAGCUGUACCUGCGGGAGCUGCCUGAGCCAGUGGUGCCUUUCUCUCGCUAUCAGGACUUCCUGCUCUGCGGGAAACACAUCCUCAUGGACAGGAAGGAGGGUCUUUUAGAGUUGAAGACACUCUUGCAUGAACUUCCUGUGGCCAACUUCAACCUACUGCACUACAUCUGCCAGUUUUUAAACGAGGUCCAGUCCUACUCCAGCAGCAACAAAAUGAGCACCCCGAACCUGGCCACUGUGUUCGGCCCCAACAUCCUGCGCCCCAAAGCAGAGGACCCCGAAAGCAUCAUCGGAGGAGCAGCGGUGGUGCAGCAGUUGAUGUCAGAGCUGAUCAGGGAGAGUGGGGUCCUCUUCGUUCGGGAGAGAGACGCCUCAGCCCCCUUUCAGGAGGAGGUGUGCCUGGACCCCUCAGCCCAGCCGCACUGCUCCUGCCCCAGCGAGGGGCUCCCUCUGUCCCCCCCAUCUCCAGAGGAGCUGGGGUCUCCUCACAGUCUCCCUGACGAAACUGGGCCCCCCCGCCGCCCGUCAGAGAUCGAGCCCCGCCUCUUCGACACGCCCUCCCCCGCCGACCCCGUCGACCCUCUGUAUGAAAACAUCUUCCUGUCCCGCUACCACACCCCUCCCCCUGCCCCCUCCACCCCGCCCCCGCCCCCUCCCUCUCUGCCGGUUCCCACGGAGAUAGGCUGCCCCGGGCCUAGCACCGCGAUAGGCUGGGGCGGUGAAGAGGGGAGGGGCUGGGUGGGGAGAGAGAGGCGGAGGGCGAGCGACACCCAGGAGAGCACGCUGUCCGUGUACGACAACAUGGACGCUGGCGUCAGCAGGAACGCUGGCGGGAACGCGCACGGGGUCCACACACCCACGCCCGACCGAGAGGACGCGACCACCAGCGCGGACAGCACCUCCUGGUCCUCCUGCGAGCUCCUGCUGGAGGACCCCGUCGCCUCCCUCCGAACCGACGCCGAGGAGCCCCGCGUCAACUCCCCCGCCUCCUCCCUCCGGACCGACGCCCCCCUGAGCAGCGGCAGCAGUGAGGUGUUCCUGCCCAGCGCUCCCCCGGACCCCCCCGGGGCCCCCCACCCCCCGCUCCCCAGCGCCAUGCACUGCAUCCUGGCCGGGCUCCGGCAGCAGAUGGCCCGGCAGAAGCUGGAGUUUGAGUCCCGGAUCAAAAGCCUGGAGCAGAAGAACGCGUCCCUGCGGGCGGAAGUUUCCGGGCUGCGGCUGAACCUGGAGCAGCAGCGGCGCUGGUACAGCGUGGUGGAAAUAAAGAUGCGGAACGCAGAGCGCGCGCGAGCGGACGCCGACAGGCGGAACGCCGCGCUGCAGCGCGAGAUGGAGCAGUUCUUCGACACCUUCGGCGAGCUCAACGCCGAGGCCAGGAAGGCAGAGCGCAUCGUGCAGAGCUUCUGAGCCCGUACGCUCGAAACACGAAACAUCGCCGCUAAACACAGACCUGCGCUCAAAUACUACACUGCAAAACAACUAAAAAAAGGCAGUCUUAACAGGUAUCUUUGUCUUACACUUACACUUAAAAUCUUAUUUCUAUUACUUUUUUGAUUAAUGAGACAAAACAACUGCCAAUGAGGUAAGAGUUUAGACUCAUUUCAAGAUUUAAUGGCGUGAGAUUUUCACUUUUCAAGCAAACAGUAACUUAAAACAAGCUAAUAUUUUCUACAUGAGAGAAAAGCUAUAGAUCUUAACUCUUAUUACAAGACUAAAAAUGCUUGUUAAGACAGUCAUUUUCUGCAGUUUAUUGAUUUUGGAUUGAAAUACUUUUCUGUGCUCUACUGAUCUUGCCUGGUUACCCUUUAGCCUUUAGAUAAUUUAAUUUGUUCCAAUGCAGCAGGCAAGCUCAGUAAAAUGCAGAAAAGUUUUGGAUCCAAAACAAAUACUAUUUGAACCCAUCUCUGUCCUGACGUCAGAAGGAAACGCUAACUGAAGGUGGUCAUCAAAGAGGACUGAAUUUAUUAAGAACAUUUUAUCUGUGAAGUUUGGACAGUAUCGACAAGACUGUCCCAUAAAAAAAGAAAAUGGCUUGCAGCAAGGGAAGAACAGACAGAUGCCAACAGUGCUACACCAGGGCUAUGCUCUGCUGGAGUGACUUUCCCUGCAAGACCUCAGGAUUUUGAACUUUUGGGCGAACCGGUUUUUGUUCUACUAACCUCACUGCUCUCCGCUGAGCACACCUCCUCCCAGAACUAUGCAACCCAACGGCCGGACGCCCCCAAAUCUCGAGUACCUCUACAGACAGAGACGUUUGGGCCACUUCCCAGAAUUCCACAGGGGUGGAGGAAAGACAGCUCUGUGUCACUGUCCCAAAAUCAUUGCCUUUUCAAAUUUUAAAUAUGAUUUUGUAGAUGUACAGAUGUACAGUAUAUGCAAGGAUAUAAACACACACAUGCGUGCGCACACACAGUACAACGGUAUCCUCAGAAUUGUGUCUUGCCUUGCUGCAUGGUCUCAUUGGUUAGAAGUGGAUACGUAUUUGUAAAAUUAGACUACAUUGCAGAAGAGAGCAUGCCAUUGGCUGGGAGUGAAUCACAUGACCAAGCGGUGAAGGUUGAGCCAUUCCUUGAUGAUGACCGAGACUACAAACAUUCAGAUGUCGCAUAAUGAGGAAAAUAUGGGCGUUUUGUGACGUCACUGAUCCUUAAAUCAUAUGGAUGGUUCACUCAAUCCACUGAGUCCAGAAUCAGCCAAUCUACAUACAGUAAGAAUCAGUGCAUAUGCACUUCAGCUCAAAUACAGUCUCUAUGAGAACAUUUCUUCAGAUGUAUGCCCCUUCGGAGAAAUCCACAAGAUACUCACACACAGAUGCAUACACACACUUUUGACAUGAUGAACAUUUUAAUGAAAUAAAAUAACCAAAGAAAGUAUUUUUUUCCCGAAA